AUGAAUACUGAAGAGACUUUGCUAAUUACUCCGGUCAACAAUUACGAUGCUAUUGUGAACGACACCAAAGAUAAUGACACCACUCCGACACUGGAACUCAAGCAUCUCACAAGAUCCAGUUUCCCGUUAGUCGUAUCGUUUGUGUUGCAGUACGUCUUUUCCAUCACGUCAGUAUAUGCUGCAGGGCGAUUAGGCGCCAAAGAGUUGGCUGCAUGUUCGUUGGCUAUCUGUACUUUUAACAUCACAGGUCUAGCUGUAUUCCAGGGCAUGGCUACUAGUUUAGACACAUUUUGCUCCCAAGCAUACGGGUCCGGUAACAAAAAAAUGGUAGGGGUCUAUUUCCAGCGCGCGACCCUUCUUAUGUUUGCAACAAUGAUACCCUUGAUGGUUGUAUGGUGGUACUCUGGUAGCAUUUUGAACUACUUGGUUCCUGACCCAGAAUUGGUUAGCAUGGCCCAGCUCUUUUUGCGAAUCCAUGCUUUUGGUGUGCCUGGCUUGAUUCUUUUUGAAAGCGGUAAAAGGUUUUUACAGGCUCAACAUCUCUUCCAAGCUAGCACAUACGUUUUGCUUGUGGCACUUCCCUUUAACUUGAUAUUGAAUUGGCUGUUGGUGUGGAAUCCAAGUACCGGAAUGGGAUACACUGGUAUUCCCUUGGCGAUAGGUGUCACAUACUGGGUUAUCUCGCUCCUAAUGUUUGCAUACGUGAUUUUCAUCGACGGAAUUGAAUGUUGGGGCGGUAUCGAUUGGGACAAAGCAUCAAGCAAUUGGAAACCAAUGCUAUCUCUAGCUGUGCCUGGUGUAAUCAUGGUAAUUUCUGAUUUUUUAGCAUUUGAGAUCUUGACUAUUUUUGCUUCCAGAUUCGGAACCGAGGCCUUGGCCGCCCAGUCAAUUGUAUCCAAUGUUGCAACUUUAUGUUUCCAAGUCCCGUUUGCAUUUGCUGUGGCUAUAAGUACACGGAUGGGACACUUUAUUGGGGACGGGAACAUCGCCUGCGCCAAGAUACUCAACGACCUCACAGUCGUCAUUGGUGGGUCUAUUGGGCUACUCAGUUUUUGCUUGUUCUAUUUUGGGAGACACGUUUUGGGAGAAUUUUUCACCAGCGACAAAAUGGUGUUAGAAAUCAGCUCCAAAUUACUUAUCUUGGCCGGUAUCAAUCAAAUCUCAGAUUCCCUAAAUGUUGUGGGAACAGGUGUGCUCAGGGGACAAGGCAGACAAAGAAUCGGAUCGAUCCUAAACAUCAUAUCGUAUUACUUCCUUGCCAUACCUUUGGGAUACGUGCUUGCAUUCAAACUUGGUAUGGAAAUGAGCGGGUUGUGGAUUGGAUUGAUUAUUGGUGUUCUUGUUCUUGCUGUGACACAAUGCACAAGUAUAUGUUUGAGCAAUUGGGAAAAGAUACUAGAACAUUCACAUAGAAUUCAUGACAGUGUAUAG